AUGGCUUGCUGUGUGCUGCAGAUCACCGGCCUCAUCUUCGGGGGCAUCGGCAUGGUGGGGACCUUGGCAGCCACGGUCAUGCCCCAGUGGAGGGUUUCUGCCUACCUGGAUGGCAACAUCGUGGUGUUCGAGACCAUCUGGGAAGGGCUGUGGAUGGACUGCAUCAGCCAGCUGGGCCUCAGGCUGCAGUGCAAGUUCUACGACUCUUUCCUGGCUCUCCCCCCACCCUUGGAGGCGUUCAGGGCCCUCAUGUGCAUCGCCGUGGUCCUGUCAGUCCUCUCCUUUCUGAUGGCCAUUGUUGGUGUGAAGUACACUCAGAGGACCAAGGAGGAUCCCCAGGGCAUCAGUAUCUUCAUCCUGGCAGCUGGAGUUGCCUUUCUCCUGACGGGCGCCCUCGUUCUGAUCCCCGUGUCCUGGACCGGAGGGAGCAUCAUCCGCGAUUUCUACGAUCCAGAAGUCCCCGUGCCACUGAAACGGGAACUGGGAGCUGCUCUCUACGUGGGCUGGGUGAGCACCGCCCUCCUCAUCGCUGCUGGAGCAAUGUACUGUCACUUCUGGUGCUGGGCUGACACAUCCACAAAAUCCAGGUAUCCGUCGCUUUCCCGUCCCAGCCUGCGCAAACCGGGCGCUGCCAGAGGACCAUCCCUGGGUGUCCAUGCCUACGUGUGA